AUGUCCGGUUCAAAACUACUCGACAUGUUCUCCGAGCUUCUAGUGGAAGUUAUCAAACAUCUUGACUAUCAGUCUAUUAUCCGCUGCUCCAUGGUUUGCCAGCGACUCCGUGAGGUCGUCAAUGGCUUCCUAGAGUUGCAGUACAGGAUCGAGCUCAGCGUGGAUGGCGUAGAGCCUGGUAAAUUCCCACAAUUGCGCACUACUGAGGAACAGCUUUCUAGUCUAUUUCGUCUCCGUGCAGCCUGGCACACACUCUGUCCGUCAUCUGGUCCUUUCCCCUCGACAGUGUCCACCGGCCGAGAGCCACGGUCCUCAUUCGUUCAUGGUGUCUUCGCCUCGACGUUUUGGGAUGGCCUUCCCGAUGCCUCGGUCUUCCGAUUUGAAGCCAUAAGGAUUAAUCCAUCCCUAGGUCUACCCACGGACCUAGUCAUCAGCACCACGGACCUACCGCACCAGCACACUGUAUUCACGCUUGAUCCCUCUCAGGACCUGCUCGUCUUUGUCGAGACUCAUGGUGCAGAGCGCUCCUUCGUUCACGUCAGUAUACGCCAGUUGUCGAGCGGUACUGCACAUCCGUAUGCGUCCAAAGCAGACAUACACUCCCAGGUUCCAUACACAUCUGUCUUCGCCCGGGUAGAAAUUGCGGAAAAUGUACUUUCUGUCACCGCCUUCUUCUCCUUCCACGCAGGUACGGUUCAAAUCUGGGACUGGAAAAAUGGCGAUCUACUCGUGAGCUUCGAAGUCAAUACCACUUUCCAGGACGCAAUUACACUUAUCUCUCCGCAAGCGCUGCUUAUUGCGUCCGCGGAAGGCCGGGGGAGCUUGGACAUAUAUUCUUUCUCCUCAUCGGCAGGAUCUUCCGCUAACGAUGGUUGCCAUUCUUCCUGGUCAUCCUCACUAUCGUCGAUCUCUAUAUCGUCCUCUGGCAGUAGGCGCAUCGAUCAUGUCGCCAGACUUCAGCUUCCCACCCUGGAAACGGGCGUUUACAUCAACGAGAUGCGUCUUUGUGUGGGUCCAUACCUAUCCCUGUCGGAUCGUAGUUGGGCCCCUUUCAUCUCUUCUCCGGAGAGCCGUGUAGUCUUGCUCACUAUUCACUACACUCCCGCCGAUCCCACUGCCGUCGAGCACCAAUACACAUUGGUCGUUCACAGCCGAACUAUUUUGCGAGCUCUUCGAGUCGGUCAAGCAGCAGCUGGAGCGGUGCGCAUAGUUGAUUGGGUACAUUGGGGCCCUCACAAUACACGUUUAUGGGAUUAUAUACCCCCGACAGACUUCAUUUCCCCAUCAGUAUAUGGCCAACGCGUAUGCUACUCGCUCUCAAGUGAUGAUAUCACAGAAUUGGAGACCGUCGAAGUCUUGGACUUCGCACCCAUGCGUUCGUGGCGCCCUCGAAUCCUCCAGCCCUUCAUGCAGGAACAUGAUUCUCAUGUCUACAAUGAACCUACCGUGGUCGAAGGAGGAGGUAUUUUCUCUUCCGCCGUAACCACUGAUUUGGCGUAUCAUGUUGCACAUUAUCCUCGACCUCUACCUCCCAGCCGAAGGCGCCUUAUCGAUGAGCACCAUUUGUUGUUUAUUCAGGUGAGCCAUAUCCAUCUGAUGGAAUACAACUCUAUCGACUGA